AUGGAUAAGUCUUGGAUUUCAAAGCUACAUACCACACCUGAAUAUGAAAUUGGAUUAGAUAUAUUCUUAUAUUUUGCUUUUAAAAAGGUGGCUGUUGGAGAUACAAUACGAUGUCCAUGUCCGAUGUGCAGGUUUUUGAAACCGCAAACUAGAAGUGUAGUUAGGGAUCACUUACUAUGCAAACCAUUUCCCAAGAACUAUGUCGUAUGGACCCUUCACGGUGAGAGAAAACUUCCAGAGUCUUCUAGAAAUGAAUACUUUGUGCAAGAUAAGUUUCAAUCGGAUAAUAUGAUGGAAACAAUGCUCAAUGAUGCAUUUGAUAACUAUAGGCAAGAUGCUGCUAAUUUAAAUGAAACAGAUAUGAUAGCUUUAGAGGACAUACUAAAUGAAGGGACGGGAGUUGAUAGUGGUGAUUUUCGUGAGUUUCUCAAUGAUGGAAGCCAAAUAUUGCAAGAAGGAAGCAAUUACACAAAACUUGAAUUUAUAGUCAAAUUAUAUCAUAUAAAGGUCUUGUGUGGAUUAAGUGACAAAGCAAUUACUAUGAUAUUAGAUUUGUUGAGAGACGCAUUUCAACAAUUAAAUUUGCCUCAUUCAUUUUACGAGGCAAAGAAAACCAUCAAUAAACUUGGUCUUGAUUAUACAAAGAUCGAUGCAUGUCCAAAUGAUUGUAUCUUGUUCUUGGGAGAUGACGAAAAAGAACUGCAAGCACGCAAGCAUUGUGGAGCAUCUCGAUGGAAUCCUAAGAAAAAGAAGAAGCAAGCUGCAAAGGUGUUGCGUUACUUUCCACUAAAAACAAGAUUACAAAGAUUGUUCAUGUGUUCUAAGACUGCAGAGCAUAUGAGAUGGCAUGCUUUGGACAAUAACACUAAUGGGCUAUUAAGACAUCCAAAGGAUGGUGAAGCAUGGAAGAACUUUAAUUUAAUUCAUCCUGAAUUUGCCUCAGAUCAUCGAAAUGUUCGCUUGGGACUUGCCAGUGACGGUUUUAACCCAUUUGGGACCAUGAAUUCUAAAUAUAGUGUUUGGCCAGUGUUCUUGAUUCCAUAUAACAUUCCUCCUUGGAUGUGUGUGAAACACACUUCAUUCAUCUUGUCAAUGAUCAUUCCUGGAAAAUCGAGUCCUGGAAAUAGUAUAGAUGUUUACUUACAACCCCUUGUGAAUGAGUUAAAGGAGCUAUGGAAUGAUGGUGUGGUAACAUUUGAUGUAUCAAUGAAUGAAAGUUUUAGAAUGCGGGAAACUCUAAUGUGGACGAUUAGUGACUUUCCGGCUCUAGGUAAUCUGUCUGGUUGGAAUACACAUACAAGUUUAGCUUGCCCAAAUUGUAACUUUGACUCAAAAGGUUGUCGUCUUAGUAAAAGUAAGAAGUGGUGUUUUAUGGGCCAUCGUCGUUUUUUGAGCAGAAAUCAUAGAUUUAGACUAAAUCGAGUUCGCUUUAAUGGUGACAUAGAAGAACGAAAUCCUCCAUCAAAAAUAUCAGGAUCUGACAUUUUAAGGCAAACAAAAGAUCUUAAUUUUACAUUUGGGAGAGGAGAAAUGUUGGAUGGUAAUAAAAAGAGACCUAGAAAAAAAGUUCAGCAGUGGAAUAAAAGAAGUAUAUUCUUUGAACUUCCAUAUUGGGAGUUUAAUUUGUUGCGUCAUAAUCUAGAUUUUAUGCAUAUUGAAAAAAAUGUGUGUGACAAUGUCCUGUAUACUUUUCUCAAUGAUAUGAAUAAAUCAAAAGACAAUCUUAAUGCUCGAAAAGAUUUACAAGAGAUGGGUAUUAGACUUGAUCUUUGGCCUAAUGAAAAGGGAGAUAUCAUCUUGCUUUGUUUUCACUAA